CCAAAAUAUUAUAUACAACAUCAAAUUAAGGCAAACCUAAUAUAAAAAAAAAAAAUAAUUAUUCAACUUCAACGGUUUCGAAAGCAUAAAUUCUUAUUAAAAACUAAAAUUAACAAAUUUCGGCAUUAAAGAAUAAUAUUAGAUAAAAAUCACUAAACCAAAAUGUGCAAACUAAUUUAGGAAAAAGACAAUACAACAACAAAGAAGGUAAAUGUCGUAAAAAAUUAAUUGAAAUUUGGAAAAAACCAUAUACUAAAUUAAUACUUAAAAAAUAUGAGAAACAUAAGCAAAAAAUAAUUUAAAAAAAAUUAAUGAAUAAAUCAAGCAAAAUAUAUUGGAAAAACAAAUUUAAAAAAAAUUUGCCAACAACAAAAGGUUCAAACUGUUGUAAUAUAAGCUAAAAUCAUUGAAAAUAUCCAUUAUUCUUCUAAAAACAGAACAUCACUUACAAAAUGUAUGUAAAACCUCCAACACAAGUACAAAAAUAUUUAAACAAAUAUUAAAACUAAAGAAAAUGAGAAAAAAAAAAAUUUUAAAUUUGAUUAAAAUUAUCCACAACUUAAUAAUAUAACAAAAACAAAAAAAUAGCAUAAUUAUAUUAGUACAAUUAUUUAAAAUAAGCAAAAAAAUAGUUGGUGGCAAUAAAAUAAACUGAACAAUCACUACUUAAAAAACAAAACUUUAUGAACGGUAACCUCAGCAAGCAAAAAUUGUAUGUCAAAGCAAUUGAGUGGAGCAUAAAGCAAAACCUAAAAAAUAUUAAAUAAAGAAAAUCAAUUAAAUUAAAUAUAAAUAUUGAUUUUCGGUCACAAGAAUAAAUUAAAUAUUUUUAAAACAAAAUAUAACCUAAAAAAUUCCAUUAAAAUAUCGAUGAACAUAAUUCGGACAAGCAGUGUAUAAUAAAAAAAAAAAAAAUAAAUUAAAAUUAUUAAACAGAAACAUUAAAAAUUGUUGUCAACAAACGUUGGAGCUGAUUGCGACUCCAUUAUUAGCCGAACAAGGUGCUGAACAAGUGCAGAACUCAUGCAGCAUUAAAGACAUACACCGAAAACUAUUGCAUACCCUUAGGAGCAGCAACAAGUUGAAGCAACAAUAAAAUUUUCUCUGUGUGUGUGUAGUAGCCAACCAACUCCAAAAAAAAAAAAUCAAACUCAAACUAUCCACAUACCCAUAGAAAACCCACAAAUAAAAAAAAAUAUAUAUUAUAUCAAACCCUACAUGUGUUUAUGUGUAUGUGUGUUUUAUAUGUGAAAAAAGUGGUAGUAAUAAACCCCUUAUACGUCAACAACAACAACAACACUAACAGCUAUACAACAACCAAGUAGCCGCAGCAAGAAAAAGAAACUGGCCUCCACAACAGCAACGGCUUACCAGCACAAAAGGUAUAAAUUUACUGCUACUUUGGCCACCCACAAAUAAGCGCUUUUCAAUUUCCUUUGCCUUGGCUUUUGUUGCGAAUCGCUUGUCGUUUGUUGUUUUGUUGCCACCGCCAAGUUAAGUGCAAAUUAAAACAGUCAAAAUUAGUCCGCGUUGUCAACCGACGUUGCUGUCGCUGUCGCCGCCAUCGCCGUUGUCGCCAUUGUCAUCGCCGUUGACGCCACAACUAUGCGCCAUGUCAAAACUUCGGCAUUACCGGUCCAUAGAUCAGCCCUGCGCCACGACCACCAUACGCAAAAAGACCAUGACAGCGGUAUGCUUUGUCUGCAACCUGCCCAUUUUGUCUCACCAGGUGGGCCUGGUGUGGCAGGGUGGAAAUGGCUGGGACGAUAUGGUCAGAGAGCAGUUGGAGGAGUCUACCAUACGACAGCGUUUGGGUGGACGACGCGACUCAGCAGCACAAAUAACCACGCCCCCUAGUACAUCACCGCCACCAGGCCUCCAGCGUCGCCGGCGCAGCUCUCUAGCUCAACUCACCGAUAUUUUGCGCGAGUGGAGCGGUGGUGGCGCUGCCAAGCAGCAAACACAAACCCAACGUCAGAAGGCACAACUCAAUCGGCGCGAAACCUUAGCUGACCUGGCGCGCAGUCUGCCUUGGCGCACUUCCACCACCGAUGCGUCAACUGGUCCUGGUGGCGGCGGCGGCGGCACCACUUAUAUAACACCACGCAAACGUCGCGAGUCCAGCGCCGACUCGGGUAUACGCAGCAUGCGUUCACGUCGUGACUCGAACACGGCCGAGUUUGUAAAGCACUGGAAUCGACGUGAAAGCACUGCCGCCGAGGAGCCCACUGUGGCCGUGCCUAUUGUGGUGGAGAGUACCGGACGUAGCAGCUCGCGUCGCGGCUCGGGUGAAAGUUAUCUCUCGAGUCGUCGCGACAGCAACAUUGGCCGUGCCACCACGCCGCCUCCGCCACCCAAGAACAGCGGCAUGAUCGCGAAGAAACGUGAUUCGUUAGCCGCACCCGAUUUUCCCAACUUCCGACAAGAGCAACGUCCUUCUACAAGUUCAGCUGGCUCUGAUUCAGUACCGUUAAUAUCUACUACCAACUAUCAUCAGGUCGAUUCCGCUUGUCAAGCAUUACCGCCACCAACAAUCAUCACUAGCUCGGUAACACCGCCGGCCACAAGUCCUACCGCACCGUUGAAGGGACGUCGCGACUCGACUACGCAGUGUGGACGCGUUAAUCGUCGUGAUUCUAAAGCCGGUAUAUCACCGGAACGUGCGCCACGCUUGCAACGUCUACAACGGCAAGCAACUGCUUUCGAUGAGAGCUGCCUGCCUGGCGGCAGUCGACGUGGCUCACAGCCGGCGCUUAGCCCCGAUCCGCCGGAGGAUUGCCCGGGUGCGCGCACGUCGCGUCGUGAUUCGCUUAGUCCGGACAGUGCAUCACGCGGCGGACGACGUGAUUCACGCGCACAUCUCUCACCCGAUCGCAGUCACGAUCGCGAUGGCAGUCCACGGCGGCAGACGCUGCGACGACAGAGCUCGUCGGCUGCGCGCAGCUCACGUUCUCCCGAUUCGAAUAGCUGUUGCUCGUCGCGUGAUCCGAGUCCAUGCUCGCGACCACCACCAUUGGUGUCGGCGGAGACGAGUUCGCGUCCGGCCAUAAGAAGACAAUCGACCACUGAAGAGAUCUUGAUAGCACGUGGUUUUCGGCGCCAGUCGACUACGGAGGAAAUGAUACGUUGCCGGAAUUUUCGACGUCAGAGCUCACAGAGCGACGAUGUGUGCCGUUAUCGUGGACGUCGUGACUCAAGCGCACAAAUUAUUGAUGGUACCAUCGGCACAAUGACAGUGGAGACAACCAGCACCUUCUUCGAUUCGAGCACUCAGACCGAACCCUCGCCAUUGUACGACAACAAUCACUAUCACGAGGAAUGCCUACGCUGCAAUUCGUGCGGUCUAAAUUUGACAGGACCAAAUCAGAAGCGCGCCAGACGGUUCAAGAACCACAUUCUCUGCGACCUGCACUUCGCAGACGUUGCCCUAAUGGAGUGCUCCGAUUUUAUGCAACAGCUGAGAAGCUUCAAGCCACAAUCACUCGGUUGCGCCGUUGCGAGACGGAAAAGUUCAACAACGUUAAUAUUCCCGUUGCCGCCGCAGGCAUGUUCAGAUGAAUUUUGCGAAGAGUACCCACACAAUCUCAUGCCCACACCCGGCUACUGGAUCGAAUGUUCACGUCAGAAAAUCACAUUACAAACACCGCAUACGCUUUGGGAUGAAAGUGAUUCGGAGCACGAAGAUAUACGAGCGGGCAGCUCGAGCGAUGCAUAUCUCGAGCGUGAAUGUAGCGAUCUCUAUGAGGACGAUGAGGACUCGGAAGCGACACCAAGUCCUAGGAAAAAGACAACAAUCGAAGAGCAAUGGGAACAGCAGGGCGCAUUCGAGCUCAUCUCCGUCGAACAGGAGACAUAUGAGAAGUAUUUCUACGGUACCGAACAUUGGAAUUAUUUUACGAGCGAUGAGGAUCUGGGACCCGUUAUACUCUCCAUCAAACAGGAGACACUAAAUGGACGCGAUCAAUUUCGUAUAUUGGUGCGGGCGGGCUCGUAUACGGUGCAUGGACUGAUACCGGCGUCCUGUGUAUUCGCCGAUAGAUAUAAUCGCGAAGAAGUAGUUAGAUCACUAGGUAAAGAAGUUAAUUUAAAUCCACCGCUCACAUUAGGGCAGUUGCCGGAUACGCCAGAGGAACUGUUGAAACUAGAUCAGGUUUUUAUAAAAUCCGAACUGAAAGUGGGUGUGAUUUAUGUGAAAGAGGAUCAAUAUUCUGAGGAGCAAAUUUUAGACAAUAACGAUAAUUCCAUACUGUUCGAUGAAUUCCUAACGUUACUCGGCGAUCGUGUACGUUUACGUGGUUUCGAUAAAUACAAAGGUGGCCUUGAUACGGUGCAUGAUUUAACAGGUCUCUAUUCGGUUUACACCAAUUGGCGUAACAUUGAGAUCAUGUUUCAUGUAUCGACGCUCUUACCCUAUGAGAAGCAUGAUCCGCAGAAAUUACAACGCAAACGACAUAUCGGCAAUGAUAUAGUCUGUGUGGUCUUUCUGGAAGCGGAUAAUACACGCUUUAGUCCUGCCUGCAUUAAGUCACAUUUCCUGCAUACAUUUAUACUGGUGCGCGUCUCGGCACGCAUUAAACACAAACCCACACGUUAUGAGGUUUCGGUGGUGACACGCGACGAAGUUGGCGCUUACAAGCCGUAUCUUUGGGAGCAAUCGGUGUUCGAGAAGGGUACAAUGUUUCGCGAAUGGCUACUCACGAAAAUCGUCAACGGUGAGCGUGCCUCAUAUUCGGCACCGAAAUUUGCACGCAUGCAAGAGCGUACACGCUCACAAAUGCUCGAGGAUUUGGUGAUGAAUUUAUCGAAUCAUGCUGAGACCGGACAGAUACCGAAACCGUACCGUAGGGGCUCAUGGCGACCCAUCGGUCACAUGCGCCCCUCAUCGCCGCUGCUGGAUUCGGUGCGCGAUCAAUUUGAGGAUUACGAUCAGUUAGCGAAAGAUUUUACACGUGUAUUCUUAAACGAAGAACCGUCGUGCCUACAAAAUGCGCAUCUCUUCGAUGUGGUAUUCCUGGUGGGUCAAUCGAAGCAGAAGGCGCGUUUCAUAGGCGUGCGCGCGAUAUUGGGUGUGCGUAGUCGUGUCUUUCAGGAAAUGCUUUACGGUAUACAGACCGGUUUUGGUUCACCGCAAAUACCAGUCGCGGAGAUUUUUGCGCGCCCAGCACCGUCACUCGUCUCACCGCAAAAUCAAAAGCCGAAGAGCAACAACUAUCUGACAGUGCCCGAUUCCGAUUCGAUACGACCGAAGAGUGUGCCCUCAUCGCCGAUGGUGAAGCGCGCUUUUAGUCGUUUGGGCACCAUCACCGCCGGUUGGGGUCGUUCGAUACGUAAUAAGAAUACGAAUCAAUUGAAUCCGGAGGAUAAAAAGAAAUGGAUAUCUUCAACGGAUUGUUCCAAUCGCGACAGCAAAGACAAGGACAAAGAUAAGCCAGGCAAUAAUCAGCUUGCGGUGCCGCGGCUCUCGGUGUGCGCAGACGCACAGAAAGUCGAUCGCGCGAAACUGGCGCAGACAGAGUUCAACAUCAUCGAGUUCGAUCCCGACACAUUUCGAGUGCUGUUGGACUAUCUGCAUACAGGCACGUGUCCGCUGACAUGUGUCUCCAUACCAGGCCUGCUAUGCGCUGCCGAGCACUACGAUCUACCCGAGCUUUUGCAGGCUUGCUUUCAUCAUUGCAAACAGUUCCUGCGCAUCGAGGUUGUCUGCCCGAUGCUGAUUUCGCUGGAGAACUACUACUGGCGCUACACGUCCGCCUCCGAGCUGGUCAACAUGAUACUCUCCUUUGUCGAGAACAAAGCGCAUGCGCUCUUCAAAUGUCCCGAAUAUCUAAAUCUCUCCGAAUCGAUGGUGCAGAUGAUUAUGAAUCGGGAAUUGCAAACGCCUGAAAUACGCAAAUUCGAAGCGAUGCUGAUGUGGGCGAAGAACAAGGUGGCGAAAAUGAAGAACCAUCCCAAUAAGGAUACACAAUUCGAGUUCGAAUGCAUUAUGGAGCGUUUGACGCGCGAUCUGAAUCUGUGUCGCAUAUCGCCGAGCGAACUCUUGACGGUCGUAUUGCCAUCGAAAGCGCUCAAGAAUGAACGCAUCAUGGAGACACUUAUGAUGCAGGUGAACCUGGGCACCUAUCGCAUGCAGGAGUUGGACGAGUACCGACAGCAGUUGCGCAGCCAAGAAUCAGCCGAGGCGACGGUACAAGUGCAUCGGGGUGGAUGAGAUAGUAAGAAUGUUAGUUUCGAUUUCGGACCUGGUGAAGGUGGUGGUGGCGGCGGCAGUGGCGCUGGCGGCAUUGUCAUGCGCAGACGUACAAGUGAUGAUCGUAAUGACGACGGUGAUGACGAGGCGGAGGAAGAGCAGUAUGCACGCGCGAUUGCGAUAUCUGUGCGUGGCGUCUCGACGGAAACUUACGACGCCUUGGACAACGAGGUAGAGAUGUAUGCGAGCUUCGAAACAGCGCCGAGUACGAGUCGUGUUGCAGCGCAAAUGCAGAAAUCGCGCCAUAAGCGUUGGGCGGCAGAUGGCGCGUCGGGUAGCAGUGAUGGUGGCGGCAGCAAUAGUGGUCGUAGGCACUAAAUACGACAAAGAAGCUUCGGUAGUUGGUUGUUAUUGGUGAGGCGUGAUGGGUUUGUAGGCGUCGCGAAAUAAUUUCAGCGCUCUCUAGGAAGUAAAGUUAGGAAAUUGAUAAAUUUAUGUUUCAUUUCUCAAAUAAUUCCAAAGCUUUAGGAUUUUUUUUUGAUAGACGAUUAUUUUUUUUAGCUAACGACUCCUUUUUAUAAAAAAAUACUCUAUGACGUGAUAUGAAAACACGCACAAUUUUGACAUUUAGGCAAAGUAAAAAUAUGAUUUCCAAAGCGUUCCACUGCCAUAAGUUGUAUUUAGUUCAUACUAACUACAUAAAAAUGUUUUGUUACAGCCAAAUUAAUAUACCCGGUAGAGAGGUAUGCUAUUUUAUUGUUUUUAAUUCAAAGCCGUUCCAUUCCCAGUUCGUGACGCACAAUUUUUUACCAGAGUGAUAAUGAUAUAAUAAAAAAUUUUAACAACAAACACAAGUACAAUUUUUUUUGAGUGUUUUGUGAAUUCCAUUUCGUUCCUCUCCGAUUCCACACCGUUCCGCACUGUAUUUGAUAACUUUUAACGAGGUUUCGUUUAAAGCAAUUGCGUUUCUCUAUAAUUUCAAUUAAUUUCGCAUUAUACUCUACAUUGUUUCAAUGAUGUGUUCCAAUUCCAUUUCAUUUAAUAUUUUUUCUAACAUAAUGCACCAAAUUGAUAUACAAUUUUUAUUGUUGACGUGUCUGGUACAAUUAUAUAGAAGUUCCACUUCCGCUUCGUUCCGUUCCGAUUCCACAUCGUUCCAUAUAACAUUUUUCAAUCAAAACUUUGUUUUAUAUAAGAACUGUAAUAUUUUAAGUAUUUUUUUGUACUUUAAAACACAUUUCGUUUCAAUGCCAAUGCAAAUAUUCCACUUAUCUGCCUACCCUCUAACGCCACACAAACUCGUCUACCAACACUAACCACCAACUCAGCUUUAAUGUAGCCACUUUUGCUGUGCCCAACCAACAACUACGCACACAUUAUCUAAUAUUCGUACCCGCCUAACUGUAUGUUGCCACAAAUGUAUGUGAGUGACUUAUUACCGCGCAGUAUUUGUUAACCACCUAAAAGUAUGCUUUACUAUUUGAACCAAAAAAUAUGUAUUUGUGUGUCGAAAUCGAAACUAACAUGCCUUCAACUGUCACAUUCACCCCCAUUUGAAUAAAAAUUAUAUAGAAAAUUUAUAAUAAUUGAAAUAUAUAUUAAAAUUUGAGGAAGAAUUUUCGAAAACCUUAAAGAGAGUAUAGAGCAAGCAAAUUGCCAGCGAGAGAAUUUUUGUGCUGAAUGAGAACAGAAUAUGAACCUAAAACGCUUACUGAAAAACAAAGACUAAUAUAAAACUUUUUUUUUAAUUUAACGGUUUAUUGGUAAAAAAAAAUAUUGAAAGAAUAAUGGAAAAUAUUUGUAAAAAAUAUAUUAAUUUACUACACACUUGAAAAAAAAAUAUUAUAAAUAAAAAAAC